UCCUUCUGUGAUGCUAAAUAAUUGGAAUUUUAGUUCUGAAAUGCGCAGAAAAUCAAAAACCACACGUUUUCUUGGCGUUGUUUGUUAUCCGGCGUUGCGUUUUUAUUAAAGUUUAUCAUUUAUUUCUGCAGUUACAAAAUAAAAUGUAGUGUGAGGUUACUGUCCAAUGCCUGCACAUUUGUUUUUAUCCAAAAUUUGCAAUCUAAAGUACAAUAAACAUGUAGCCGCAAAUUAAAUUACAGUAGGUACGAUGUUUGCAAUAGCAGCGUUCCCAACACCCAUUUGACACCGAUGUAGGCUUAUAGAUGGAUCAUACUUAGCAUAAAGAGUAGUGAUGGCUUCACCGACUCAGCCGGACGCGGGCUGGAUGGAGCAGGCAGAGAUCGUGCUGGGCCGCAAGCUGACCUCCAUAGACUUGGUCGGCGGGAUAUACUGCACCAUCUGUCAGUCAACAUAUAGUAACAAGAAAGAAUACGACAUUCAUUACGUGGAUCAUGAAAUUGGCGAUGCCGACAUUGGGUACACCUGUGUCGUGUGUCGCAAACAGUUUACCGGCUACCCUAGCUUCCGUAACCAUUGCUACUUGGCUCAUGUUGCUAAAAACAAGCACAAGUGUGAACAUUGCUCCAGAUCAUUUUCGAAACAAUCAAUUCUGAACAAUCAUAUUGACACAACUCACAACUUCAAAUGUGAACCUUGCCAAAAAUUAUUUCCAUCUAAAAAAGAAUUGCAUACACAUCAGAUCAUACAUGGCAAGGACAAGCCUCCGUACUUUUGCCAAGAGUGUGGCAAGUCAAUUGAAAGCAUUGACAUGUGCGAGUUCCACAUAGACGAGCACUGCACCACUCUGUACACUUGCCCCAUCUGCAACGAGACAAACAACAACAAGGUGGACGCUGCUAAACAUCUUACUCAUCACUUUGGCGAAGUACUUACCGACGAAGACAUUACCGCUUCCAACAUAGGGGACCACUGCUCCAUCGAUAUCCUUGGAGGUGUCCUCUGUAACUACUGUGACGAAUUAUUCAAGAACCGAGUAGAGUUUGACACACAUUUUACUACAGAACAUGGAGACAAGCCACUGGUAUACUCCUGCAACAUUUGUGGGAAACAGUAUGACAAGUAUCAUUUGUUUGGGAACCAUUGCUAUAAUCACAUGACCAAAGAUAGAUUUGAGUGUACUGAUUGCGGUAAGACCUUCCCGCGUCUGUCCCUGCUGGUGACCCACACGGAGGCCUACCACUCGGAGGGCUCCGGGGACAAGCCCUUCCUGUGCGGGGAGUGCGGGCACGGGUUCAAGUCCCCGCGCCGCCUGUGCCAGCACACGCGCGUCGUGCACGACACCAGCGCCAUGCGCUGCACGCAGCCCGGCUGCCAGCUCACGUUCGAGUCCCUGAAGGACUUGUUGCUGCACCAGCGCUCGCACCGCGCGAGCCGCGGGCCGUGGUGCCGCCAGUGCGGCCUGCAGUUCACGACGCUGUGGUCGUGCGAGCGCCACCUGGACGUGCACCGCAAGAAGAGCUACGCGUGCCCCGUGUGCGCGCGCACGUACCGCGAGAAGUACCUCAUCCUCAAGCACAUCCCCUCGCACUUCGAGUCCGUGCUGCACGUCUGCAAGGUGUGCGGCAAGGUGUUCUCGCUGCGCAGUCGCCUCGUGCAGCACUCCAAGACCCACUCCGACCUGCGCGCGCACAAGUGCUCCGUCUGCAACAAGGGCUUCAUGAAGGCCUCGGUCCUGGAGCAGCACCUCAACAUCCACACUGGCUUCCGGCCGUACAAGUGUACCGUCUGCCCCAAGACCUUCGCGAGUCAUCCCAACUGGUACAAACACCUGCGCCGCGUUCACAACAUCGACAAAGAAGAUAUCAAAAACAGUAAAGAUAAUCAGAACAAAACUAUCACUGCUACUCGACCAUCUCCCGUUACAGCAAACGACAAUACCGAUACUAAAAUGAAAAUCGAAUCAGGAAUCGAUUCUACGAGCUCAGAAAUGUCUAUAGAAACAAACUGUUUUAUGGAGUCGGACGAUAGUACGAUGGAUAGCCUCGAUCCGACAAUCAUUGAGAAAGAUUGGUGCAUCUCGAAUGAAAAUUUCAAAAUAGAAAGUUUACAAGAAAAUAUACAGUAUACAGUUACAGAUAUGCUGCCAGUAAAUAACACUACAUUUGACUUCGACGUAUCCCAGCUGGACAGCCUGGUGGCGGAGUACGGCGCGGCGACGGCGCCGGACGGCGCGGGCGAGCUGCGCGAGUACGGGCCCGACUGCGGGCUGCCGGCGCUGGACCUGGACGACCAUCUGCUGCCGCACAUAGACCCGCGCCUCACCAUGAAGGCGCCGGCCGCGCCGCCCGCCUGGGAGCCGCUCAUCACCAAGGUAUACCACGGCUUCGACGACGCCGACCUCAACAGACUCUCCAUUCUCAAUACCGACAUAUUUUGAAACACUGUACUCCCCCGUCGCACUCGAGUGUCCGACGUGCGAUACCAUAUAAAUAGUAGAUGUUAAUAGUGAAUAAAAUAGUAUUGUACCGGCCGGGCGAGUUCGAUCGCUUCGGAUAGAUCCUCCUGUAUAGAUAUACCACAGUUCUGUUUGUGUUGCACCGGUGCUACGAUCGAAUCCGCUCGGCCACCCACACAGCUACCUCAGGCAAACUACUAUAUACCUCAGUAAUCCAUAGGAAAUAUUUUAAUGUAACUGUUGAUAUAUACAUUUAUAUAACAUAGAUCCCACCAAACAUUAGUUGGUUAAUGUUCUUUAAUCAUAUUCAUAAUAAUGCUACCUCAUUUAGUUGUUUAAGUUUAUCGCGUUAGAUUGUUGCUUAAACGUAUGCCUCGUCGUUCAGAUGUAGAACAGAAUGUAGUUAUGUGCCAUGUGAUGAGGAGCUGGUGAGACCGGACUAGACACACGUACUGCGGGCAACAUUCUGGCUCUGUGUCAUUGGAGCUGCGGACAUUUUGAUACCGCUGCACUACUGUCGCAGCCUCAAAAGAGGUGAUUCAAAUUGACUUUGACUCAGCGACACAAACUCGAAUAUAAAUAUUUCUAACUGACUAACUUUGAUCCAAUGGGACCUUCCGAGGUUUUACUCGCAUUUUUAAUUCUUAUUUUAUGCGUACUACACCACGCAUGUCUCUUAUAAAAACAAUUAUACAUGUUUCUGCAAGUUUCAGCAAUGUGUAUUGUUGUAUGUGAUGGAGUAUUUCAUCUGUUAAUAUUUAAUUCUGUAACAGAUUAAAUAGAAUGAAAAGCGGAAUAUAAUUUCCAUCUAUAACCUUCCCACUGGAUCAAAACACAUUGCCCGCAAUACGUCCGUCUUACUGUUGAACGUUUCUCCAGCUCACGGUCGACAGACGCCAGUAAAAUCUUUAAAUUGCUGUCCUUUCGGUUCCAAUAUUGUAUUAUAUUCGAUUAUUACGAUCCAAAGUUAGAGUUAGACGAUUUGGUGAACAAAUUAUUUGCAUUUGUAAAUAUUUUGGUACUUGCGGCACUUGCAUUUUCGACGCUUUUUGAGGCCGCCGUUGGUCGUAUUUAGGUUUAGGAUUUGAGGGAUGUUAGGCAAGAAGCAAUUUGACCGCUCUUUACAUAUCAGCUACGGCUGGAGCGUCAGUUUUGUAAGUGUGACUUGACAGAAAUCAUACAUAGUCACUUCUAGUCCAGAUGAGUUGUAGUCAUCAAGUGUGUUGCCUAAUGUUCUAUAGAAAGAUUCUUCUUCGAUUGAUGGUGGUAUGAUAACGUAUGUGCUACUGUACAGGGAUUUAAGUAAGACCUAAAGUAUGUUAGGAGCUAACAAGCAUUCACUAGAGGAGGACGUGUCACCGACUGGUUCCACCUGUAGGUCGUCGUAGAAGUAUCACGUUGGGCCAACGGCGGUGUGCUCAUGCAUUUGAAUUUCGAUUCCUUUAUUAUUAUUGUUAUUUUUAUUGGGAAGUCGCGACGCCAAGCGUCGUGAUUUUAGUGUAAGUGAAUCGAUAGUGCUGUGAUAUUUUUUAUGUAUAUUUAGUGUUAAGAUUAGAGAGUGUAACGUAACGAGUGAGUACAAACAAUGUUAUAAUCGCGCGAUGCGGCGAUUCGGAGAUAGAAACCCGCGGCCCGCCCCCGGCGCACUAUGCACAGGGAGUAGUGGAGUAGACACGCGACCAUGCGAGCGUCGGACCGCCACCGCCGCGCUCUGCAUGGUCGGGCGGGGCGGGCCGCACACCUAGUGCAUUCGGAAAUAGAGAAGUAAUGUUGCUACAUAAUAUGGAUGCGCGAGCAUUCUAAAUAAAUCGAAGGAAACAGGUGUUGCCACACCAAAAACAAGAAUAACUUGACAAUGUUUACUUAAGCAGGAUCAAGCUGCAAACUUAAAAUGUUGAUGUAAAUGUUAAAAAAAGAGUAAAGAAAAAUAUUUAACUCCGAAAUAUAUUUUGGAGAGAAUUAUUUACAAGUGUGGAGGAGAGGGGUCUUAGUGAUAAAGAUAUCCAAAGACUGCUAGGUAUUAUAAGUUCUUUGAACUUGAAAUUCGACUUAUAAGUCAGGGAUUUAUGCGGAAUAAAGUCAGACGUAACGAAAGCAAAUAUGUAAUAGACAACGGCGUAGCUAUCGGAUAAUCAUAGGCUUUGACACGAAAACGACAAAAUUAAAAAUGAAGCAAGUAUUUGGCGCCUCGUGACACCUGCAAAGGUAUAGGGCAGAGUUGCAUUGAUCACACACGACCUGGUACACACGGCCGAGGCCGAUGUUAGCAUGAGCGGAUCCAACGAUCCCAUGCUUUGAUAAUUACAAAAAUGUAAAAUUAAGCGCAUGCGCUAACCGGGCAAGUGGAUGUCCGGCUAGCAAUGGCGCGACCAAUAACCACGCUAGAUUGGUUCCCCAAUUGGCGGUUGCGCGGUGGACGACGAACUAAAAAAAAACAUAGUAUAAAUAAAAUAUCUUCAUGUGGCGUUAAAUUGUACAAGUUUUGCCAAGUCGAUGAUAGCAGUAUUCUAUGUCUUUUUGUCGUGGUCGGUGUUUGUAAAUCUGUAUGUCUAAUCUAAAUUAUAAAUAUAAGAAAAUGUAUAAAAAAUGUCUCCACCGCGCGACUCGUCCAAUCGCUGUCAGUUCCGUGCGAGCUUGUGACAGUUAUAAUAUACAUAGCAUUAACUCACAUACAAUAUAAGGAUGUCUUAAACCUCACCUGAGGCUUUCAUUAUUUCAAUAUAAAUAGUACUUAUUUCAAACUUCUGUAUUCAUGAAUACCAUUUUGAUGUUAAAAUUUGUUGCAAAGGGGACAAUUGCAUAUUUUCGCGGUAAAGAAACCGAAUACAGGUUGUAACAGUAGUAACUAAAGUAAGGCUGGGUACUAGUAGCGCAGUGAACUAUUAUAAUAUUAGGAUCGAGCAAAAAGUGGUGUGAGCGUUACUCACCAUAGUAGGAUGAGCGCUAUAAGUUACAAGACAUGCUGGUUCAUAGCAGGCAUCUUAAAACGAGCGCCAUGCAGCCUCAUGCACCGUGUAUCCUGUCAGGUCUGCAAACAGUUACUUGCAUGAGGUUUAAUUAACGAUGCUGGAUUCUAUUAUUAUGUCCAAAUAUAUGUAAAUAAGUGAAUUCCAGGGCUCAAACCCACGAUCUAUGCAACGGUUUCAAUUGAACACUAGUUCAACAAACUUCGGUCGAUGGCUAAAAAUGUAUUGGCUCCAAUACUUCUCUGCCAUUGACAGAACACGUUUAGGCUUAUUCUUGCACCAUAACUAAGAACGGAGCUCGAUAUCGAAGCAUUUUGCUUUCGCUUCACGUGCUGGUUGUGGCUACUCUUCUCAAACAGUAGUCCGGCCGGUAGCUGAAGUAAAUGUACUGCGAAACAUUGAUCUUGAUGACAUAGAUCUCGUUCAAUGAGAGUAGGCCUCCAACUCAGCCGAUCGUCGGGGCGAGCCUCAGAGGUUCAAUCCAACCCGAAAUUGUCUCAUUGUACCCUUUGCGACCGUAUUUGUCCCUAGCUUUUAGGUGUUAGGUUAUAGUCGAACACAGGGUAUUGUGGUUCUAUUUUAACGGAAGUGUUAAAAAACGAUUAGUAAGCGACACACAUCGCACCCGAAACAUGAUGGCUAACAUAAUACUACCCCAAUACCCAACAAGUGUACAAUAUAGGUACCGUUCUAAAUCUGUGUUAAAGUGUAAGGUGUACAGGCCGGGUUACGAUUAUACUUACAGGGAUAUCUAAAACGAAUUUUGAGAAAUACGUACGACAUAUAUACAUGUGUAGACCGCGAUACUCGAGGUAUUGCGAUAACUGGCAAACGAAUUCCUUAAACUUCGUUUUGUAAUAAAAUGAUAUCAGAUUUACAGUCUAUGUUCAUUUCAAAUGUGGUAGGACGUGCAACGGAUCGUACUGAGAGAGCAGGAGUAGGAGUCGUCAACUACUGAUGACGUUAGUAUACGGAAGGUGGCUUAGCCAAUUUGAUAUGAACGUAUUCAUAGAAGGUAAAGUUAUAGAAGAUAUUUUUCAAAUGAAUAUUUAAAAGAUGUAUUAAGUAAAAUGUUUGGAAAUAUGUAAAGUAAGGUACUGUUGUGAAGUUUAUCAAAACCCGGUCGACGUUUCAUGUAGUAAGCUAAAUAAAUUACUUUUUCAUUCGAAAUUCUUCAUUUUAGAGAUUUAAAGAAGUAAAAUGCAUAAUACAUAAGUAUACAUAAUGUAACGAACCUGCUGAGUUAUUUGGCGACGCAUUUUGGUAUUGUGAAAAUAUUUUGUACAUAAUUCUGUAAUCAAUUUUAUCCUUGACACCUAAUUCAUCUAAAAUGUAUUGAACUAUUGUAAAUGUACUUAUUUUGCCGGCAAGACUAUUUUAUGCCAAUGUGUUUUAUCGUGAAAUUAUUUUAACUUGACGUAUUGUUUUUAUUUUUUCGUAUUCGAUCAACUUUGUAAUUCUUUUUAUUAUCCAAUGAUUAUGAGUGUGAUUUUUUUAAAUUCAAGUAUUUUAAGUAGCUGCAUUUCGUAUUGUAUUUAUUGCUCACGUUUAAACGCAUGUAUGGUACAUGAAGUUACGUUGGCUUUUUAUGAACAUAAUAGUUGAAGUCUUGUCGUCUAAAUAUGUAAUCGGCCUAAGGCACAUUGAUGUUAGGCUGCUGACUAGUCGGCCAUGAUUUCAUCGAGCUUACGUGAGCGAAUUCUGAUUUUAGUAAUUUUUAGCCAAAUCAUGGCCUACUAUGCGUUCUUAGAUGGAAAGGAUAUUGAUAAUCAGCUUUUUCGCUUUGAUGUUUUUAAAACUUUUGACAUGAUAUGUAUACUUUUAAGAAACUGUAUUUUUUGUGCGUCAAGCUUCUAAUUGUAAAUAAAAACGCUGUUACAUUUUUUUCUACUAUUCGAUAACUGUACGGGAUUAUUUUAAGACGUAGUAUCAUAUAGUUAGCCAGUUAACCUGAGCAGAAAAAUGUGCAAGUUGGAAUGUACUACUAGCGGAAGGCGGCCGCCGAUACUUGUGCACUCUUCUGUCCGGGCUCAGUAUAUAAGUAAUGUACCGAACUACCUCUGCAUGCCUCCAUGGAUAACAGUAAUUAUAGAUUUCUUUUUUGUUAUUAUUGCGAAGUAACUUUACAUUUACACAUAUAUUUUGUACGUUAUAUUAAACAGAGUAAUUAUAAGGGACAUAGGUUUUACAGUUAUAUAUUAUUGCUAUAAUCAAUAUUAAGAGUUGAUGUGUGCAAAUUAGAUUUUGGUUUUAUGUAGGAUGCUACUCAAAUCUGAAUGGAAAUUAUUGAUCCUUAUACACUUCAUAAUACAAUCUGACUAGUUCAAAAUAA